AGUUCUGGCGUGGGAAGCCACCAUAUAAAAGCCAACGAAACGAAGGUCGAAGGAUAGACGGAGGUUUCUAGGGUUUUAGCUUCUCCACUUCCAAACCCGAAAAGAUGACAAAGAGAACCAAGAAGGCUGGUAUUGUCGGGAAGUAUGGAACCCGAUAUGGUGCUAGUCUGAGGAAGCAGAUUAAGAAGAUGGAGGUCAGUCAGCACAGCAAGUACUUCUGUGAAUUUUGCGGCAAGUAUGCGGUGAAGAGAAAGGCUGUUGGAAUCUGGGGUUGCAAAGACUGCGGCAAAGUGAAAUCUGGAGGUGCCUACACACUCAAUACUGCAAGUGCCGUGACAGUUAGGAGCACCAUCCGAAGGCUCAGGGAGCAGACUGAGAGUUGAAGUUGCAGUGUUAUGUUUUUCUUUUAGCCAUCUGUCUUUUUCUUUCAUGGUGCGAUAUGUAAAACCUAAUCAAGUUUUGAUGAAUUCUCUUAUGUACUUGUAUGCGGAGCUGUAGCGUUGAUUAAGCAUAGUGGGUUUUGAGUAAAUGAUAAUUGCUUCCCUUGAGGUGGUUCUUUGGUUUGAA